UCGUGUACGCCGCAAGUACGGUGCGCGUCCCGCAAAGUAAUCGAGUUCUCCCGUCGGCAUCGCGUUAAUUAACACGUGUCUCAUUGAACGAAUCGUGUCCGCGAAUGUCGAGCGUAUUAGUGUUAGCGCGAGGAGUAUCGGGAGUGUAUUACGAUGGAGCAGCCAGGAACAGAAUGCUGGGUCGGGAAGUCGUCGCCGCGAGAUCGGGACGUGGGGUCGUCGAGACGCGGGUAACGCUCAUCAUAUAUCUCUAAAUCUGAGCCACGGUGGGUGCGAUUCCCGGAGAGUGAAGGUUGCAGCGGACGCGAAUGCAGGCACCGGAGGAUCUGGUUCGGGUUAAGCAGAGUUGGCUCAAAGAAUUGCGGCGGAACAUGGCCGAUCUUGAGUUCUCGCUCGAGAUGGGAACGUGCUGGUUCGCGGUGUGGGUGCUCCUCGUCUGUUUCAUAGGUGACGCGCGGCCACAGUACAGGGACAAAAAUAUAAGCACGGCGGAGACAGACGCGGUACAGGCGCUCUUGGCUCGGUACCUUCAGCGUCGCCUUCAGGGCUCUCAGCUGUCGACGCCGCCGCCGCCGUCGGUCCUCUUCAGUAACGAUCAUCGGGCCCGUGUGAGGCAGGCCAGCCAGAGGGCAUCCAGCAACAGUCUCUCGCAAAAUGUCAGCGACAAGGACGGGGACCAACGCGUCCCUGACGAUUACGACGAUUAUGAGGACGACCUCGAGGGCUACGAGGACAGCGAGAAGAGCAGGACCAGAUUCGACCUCCUGGCGGACGACUGUCCGAACUGCGUGGAUGAGCACAGCAGCAGCUUGGCGGCCUCAAGAUGGACGAUGCCGCUGCUGAAGUUGGGCGAGAAGAGAUACUACCUAGGGAUCUUCUUCAAGGCGAACUGGUACAGAGCCUCGCAGUAUUGCCGUUAUCACGGGAUGCAUCUGGCGAGCAUAGCCUCGCAGGAGGAGAACGACAGGCUCGAGAAGCACAUCAAGGACUUCGGGCUCGGUCACGAGCACUUUUGGACCUCCGGCACCGACCAGGCCGAGGAGGGUACUUUCUUCUGGAUGGCUAACGGCAGGCCGAUCACGUUCGAGAACUGGAACGUCGGCGAGCCGAAUAAUUUCCGAUACGAGAACGGCGAGGAGGAGCAUUGCCUGGAGCUCUGGAACAGGGACGGCAAAGGGCUCAAGUGGAACGACAGCCCCUGCAGCUUCGAGACUUUCUUCGUCUGUGAAGUGCAGUGAUCAAUUCGCAGGACAGGCCGGAGGGACUUGGACGUACGGGCCGGCGGGGUAUUCGCGUGUCCUCGGGGUCGUCCUCGAGGAAGCUGCGUGUGACGUUCUCAUCGGUCGUCCGUUCGUUUCGGUGGACUUGGCGAGGCAGAGAAAUUUGACGUGACGUGUGCGCUCGGACUGGAAAUGACGCGCGAUUAGCCGCUCGCUACCAUUGUCACGUUUCGCGCCCCGGAAUUCACGUGCAUGUGUAUGAGAGUGUAUGUGCGACUGCGAGCGUGUAUGUGCAAAAUGACGUCCGGUUCGGUCGGUUCAUUUCUUUCCGCAAAAAGAACCGCCGGGGACGAUUGGCCGAUGUCGCAUGGUGAAAAGCGAUUCGCCUCGUCUUCUUCAUGCAGGGGUGACAUCGAAAAAGGAUGUCGGAUGCUCGAUUAUAACCGCCGCGCUGGGAUCCUCGCGCGGGAUAAAACGGCGAGCGAUCGCGCACGGAGGAGUGAUCGCGUUUUUUUUUUUCAGUUGAAAAAUCGAACGCGUGAAUAACAGCUGUGCACGAGAGGUCUCUUAGAUUUCGAUAAGUCGGAAAUAGGGGUGAUGUUAUUGAUGAAGCCGGUCACUUGCAAUCGUCGAAGGAGCGACGGAAAGGACUCAUCGAUCUUUCCGUACGAAGCAAUUAAUUAAUUAAGCAGAAAACGAUCUCGGUUCGCGAAUUUCGAUUUUGUAUUUAAAAGUAAUACCAAAAGUUCGAAAGUAAUUCAGAGCCCGGAUCAAACGUUAUUCCACUUAAAAGGAGGUUUGUAAGGUGAAAUGGGUGUGAUAAAAAUUCGAUGAAACUCGCACUUCGCGUACAUUGAAAUAUUAUUUAACUCAUUCCUCGUGCAAUUAGAGAAAAGAUCGAACAUUCCGGAGCUGAAAUAUCUGUAACUAAAAUUGACACGCUUUAUGUAUAUUUCUGAAAAUUAACGUGCAAUUUUCAAUUUUCAUUCUUAAUAUUUUCUAAGAUAUCAAGAAUUAAUUGUUUAA